CUAAUCUCUACAAUUGUCAUUUAAAACAUGUCGAUUACAUCAAGCUCCGGAGAAACCUCGGAUAGCCCAGCAUCCUAUGGCUCAACUGGCGUCACUACGCCCGAGGGCUUCAAGGCCGAGACCACGAGCCCUAGCCAAGCAUCUACGAGAUGGCGUCCAUCUUUUCACAUCAUGCCUCCAUCAGGAUGGAUCAAUGAUCCAUGUGCACCUGGAUAUGAUGCCACGACUGGAAAGUACUAUGUCUCCUUUCAGUGGAACCCCAACGGGCCGGACUGGGGAGACAUUGCUUGGGGAACUGCGACCUCGCAUGACCUGAUUUCUUGGGAAAUAGAAGAUCAACCUGCUCUCUCACCAGACGAAGUCUAUGACUCCAAGGGUGUCUUUACUGGGUGCUUUUUCAAAGCACAAGAUGGAACUCUUAAUUACAUCUAUACCUCAGUCAGCGCCCUCCCAAUCCACUACACCAUUCCUCAUCAAAGAGGUAGCGAGACUUUGAGUAUUGCAACAUCUUCAGACCAGGGCAGAACUUGGCACAAGAGUCACAAGAACCCCAUCCUGCCUGGUGAACCUUCCGGUCUCGAUGUCACUGGCUGGAGAGAUCCGUUCUGCGCUCCUUGGCCUAAUAUGAGCAAGACCCUAGGACUGGACCCAAAGGAGUCAAUGUUCGGUAUCAUUUCGGGAGGAAUCAGGGACAAAACGCCCACCAGCUUUCUUUACAAGAUUGACCCGAAAGACUUGAGCAACUGGAUGUACCUUGGCCCUCUCGCAAACUUUGGUCUGAAUUACAGUCCGUCAAGGUGGUCUGGCGAUCUGGGCAGGAACUGGGAGGUCACAAACUUCUUCUCGUUAAAUGAUGAGAAUGAUUCCAACUCUAUCUAUGACUUUCUCAUCAUGGGGACCGAAGGGUGUCAUGAGGAUGGUCUCGAAGAGUCCAUGAACAGUAUAGGCCCAUCGCGCGAAUGCCGUGGUCAGCUUUGGAUGUCUGGAAGCCUUCAGAAAAACGAAUCUACUGGCUCUGCUAGUAUCUCAUAUGAUUUUGGAGGCCACCUUGACCAUGGUUGCUUGUAUGCUGCCAACUCCUUCUUUGAUCCGCGAAGCCAGAAACACAUUGUUUGGGGUUGGGUCACCGAAGAGGACUUGUGCGAUGACCUUCGCCACCAGCAAGGGUGGAGUGGAAUGUUGUCAAUGCCCCGAGAGCUUACUUUACAGACUUUGCACAAUGUAGUCAGCUCUUUGGUCUCGGAUUUGCCCUCUAUCACGUCUGUCAGGGUCGAGUCCGAGGGUGAUGGAACAUCCACUAUCCGAACUCUUACCUGUCAACCUUAUAACCCUUUGAUUCAACAUCUCCGAAGCUCUCCAGGCGCACGGUUCUCUCCUCUGGGAAGAUCGCCUCUGGGUACUAAGGGUGUGGAAUCGGAACUUUUACCGGAAAAACUGUGGAGCAAUCAUUGGGAACUUGAGUGCUCAUUCAAUAUCUCGAAAACUUGCUCCCAGGUCGGGGUAUCAAUUGGUCAUUCACGAGGCCAUGAGAACGCAACAGUAAUGAUAUUCGAGCCGCAAAACGAAACUUUCAAAAUUUUGCGACCAUCGUUUUCUAGGCCUGAUUCAUCUCUGUUGGUUCAAAGCUCGCCUGAAGUGGCACCACACACCUUGUUCACAAUGAUCAACCAACGAAGUGGAGAAGAGUAUACGGAAACUUUGGACAUUCGGGCUUGGAGGGAUAACUCAGUCCUCGAAGUAUUUGUCAAUGGUCGCACCGUGAUCUCCACUCGACUUUACGCGGCUGAGAAAACGUUCGGUAUCCGGUUCUUCGCAGAGGAUGAAGCUUUAGACGUCGAAAGUUUUCGGGCCAGUCAUAAAGGCUCGACAGAGUUGCAAUUUGCGAAUUUGUGGGAUGGAAUUGCGAUCUAGAUAGACACUUAGCUUCCCUAUUCGACCAUUCAAGCUGGUUUGGAGAUGAUUUGCCAUAUUCCACUUCCUAGAUCUAGUAGCUAUCUAAUACUCUGUAACUAUGGUCACUUUGAUGAGCAACUUUACC